GCUCUGUAGCGCUGCAUUUGUUGACCCACGUGCUCUCAGCGAAGCCUAAGAACAAUGUAUGGAGGAUUGGAAAUUCCUGUCUCACCGGUGAAAACUACUUCCGGCUUUGCAAGGCGUCAGGGACUGAACUGUAUCGUCCUUCAUCAUGACUGUUAAAACUACAACAGCAAUUUUGUCAAAGCUUCGAGCUUUGAUGAAGAACAUAAGUUAUGUGAAUGAACCCAUUCAUGCAUACAUUAUACCUACUGGUGAUGCUCAUCAGAGUGAGUAUGUUGCUGACUGUGACACAAGGCGGGCCUAUAUUUCUGGUUUUACAGGAUCUGCAGGCACUGCGAUAGUAACCGAGUCAAAGGCAGCUCUGUGGACUGAUGGCCGGUAUUUCCUCCAGGCCGAGAAACAGCUGGACAGUAACUGGACACUCAUGAAAACAGGUUUGAAGGACACACCCACUCAAGCAGAAUGGUUAGUUAAGGAGCUGCCGACUGAAGGGAGAGUUGGUGUCGACCCCUUUCUGUUUUCUGUAGAGCAGUGGAAGCCAUUGGCAAAAGAGUUGAAGUCUAAUGGUCACAGCCUGGUGCAGGUGUCACAGAACUUGGUGGACAUGGUGUGGGAAGAUAGACCCCCACCCCCCAACAACCCCCUCCUGGUGCUGGCGCAGGAAUAUACAGGUCAGACGUGGCAGGAGAAGGUGAAGCGGGUGAGGGAGAAGCUCCACAGCAAGCAGGCCACCGCCAUCGCAAUCACAGCCCUCGACGAGAUCGCAUGGCUGUUCAACCUCCGAGGAUCCGACAUCCAGUACAACCCAGUGUUCUUCUCCUACUCAGUCAUAACCUUCGAUGGAGUGUAUUUAUUUAUUGACGAGAGCAAGGUGGACAAAGCAGUCACUCAGCACCUGGAGCUGAAGGGGGCGGUCAACUCAGAUGGGAGUCUCAGCGUCGAGAUACACCCGUAUGAAGAUAUGAAGAGUUUUGUUGCCUGUCUGGCUGAGACUUGUGAUGGAAAAAUAUGGAUCAGUGAAAAGUCAAGUUAUGCCUUGGUCAGUCUUAUUCCUAAGCUGAACCGCCUUACGUCCCCCUCACCGGUCGCUGCCUUCAAAGCUGUCAAGAAUGACGUGGAGAUACAGGGCAUGAGGAGGGCACAUAUCAAGGAUGCUGUAGCAGUCUGUGAAUUCUUCCACUGGCUUGAGAAAGAUGUCUCCCACGGUACAGUCACAGAGGUUUCAGCGGCCGAUAAGUUGGAGGGAUUCAGAAGGCAGCAGGAGGACUUCGUCAGUCUCAGUUUUGAUACAAUAUCCAGUAUAGGAGCCGAUGCAGCUAUCAUACACUACAAACCUUCAGCAGAGAGUAACAAGCCGAUCACCUCUGACCAAAUAUACCUGUGUGACUCCGGGGCACAAUACAGAGACGGAACCACAGAUAUUACAAGAACAGUUCACUUUGGAAGUCCCACUAAAUAUGAACAGGAGUGUUUCACAAGAGUUUUAAAGGGACAUAUCAAUCUAUCGAGGACAGUGUUUCCCAAUGAUGUGAAAGGACACAAUCUGGACACGCUGGCGCGGUUGUCGCUGUGGGAAGCUGGGCUCGACUACCUGCACGGCACGGGACACGGCGUUGGGGCUUUCCUUAAUGUGCAUGAGGGUCCGUGUGGUAUCAGCCCCAGAGUCUCCCUGUCAGAAAUCCCCCUUGAAGAAGGCAUGAUCCUGUCUGAUGAACCUGGCUACUAUGAAGAUGGUAAAUUCGGAGUGAGAAUCGAGAGCCUGGUGCUUGUGGUGAAGGCAGACACUCAGUACAAUUUCCGGAAGAAAGGUUACCUGACCUUUGAGCCCAUUACACUAGUCCCAAUCCAGACCAAGUUGAUUGACCCGUCACUGCUGACAGAACAAGAGAUCGACUGGUUAAACGAGUACCACACGCGGUGCCGAGAGGUGAUUGGAGCCGAGCUGAAGAAACAAGGGAAGCUGAAAGUUCUCGACUGGCUGAUCCGGGAAACGGAACAGCUGGGCUAGACUUGACCUUCACCUUUAUAAUAACCUGGUUGUAGAUUUGAAGAAAGAAUCACGAACAGCUCGGUCUUGUUGAUGGAGUUACAUAACUAGAUUUCAUGUGUUAACGCCAUGAAACCACACAGACAAGAAAAUGAAUUUGAAUGAAAUUCCAUAUUUUCAUCCAGCAAGCUUAUGAAUUGAAAUCCUUGAUGGACAUAUUCUUUGCUAUCUAAAGUUUUGUCACAUUAGUAUCCAGACCAUGUAAAUGUCAAUUUGUUAUGAUUUCAUGCAUAUGUUUUCUUGUAUACAAAAAUUUCUAAUCAUUUUCUGUACAAUGUUUCACAUGCAACAUUGACUGUCGCAUGAAUUUUAUGAAAAUGGAGUUUUUGUUUUGUAACAAAAUGUAGAUCUAUCUCCAUGGAGACUGAAUAGUGAUGUAGUCUGCAUUUUGUUUUCAUACAAAUAAAAACAAUUAAAAUUGAGGAUAAUGCACAAUAUUCACUCACUUAACCCUCAAACCGAUGAUCAUGUUGAUCUUGUUAGUGAUUACAUUUAUACAACUUUUGAUUUUUUUAAUGUUUUUUGAGGGUCCCAAGUAUAAAUAUGGCAUAUUUUUUAAGUCACCACAAAAAUGAAAUGAGUGAAAAUAUUAAUGAUGUAACAAACUAGCGUGUACACGAUGAAUUCACAUAAAUCAGAAAAUUAUGACAUUAUUUUACCUUCCUUACAAUCAAACACCAAUUGCCACUAUUGUCUCUGGGGACAGGGUUGGUCUAGUCAUCUGAGGCGCCGCAAUUGGCUGUCCUGAGUUGCAUCCCAUGGGCAAGAAACCUACGAUUUCUGUGAUUCCAGUCGACCCACCGUUUCAGUUUCAGCAGAAAUUUCAAUCAAAUCGCUGACAGCCUGCUAAGAAAAAAUCAUCCCAAGAAAAGUUGCACCAUUAAAUAUAAUAUAAUUUUACCUACCAACAUAUAUCCGGUAUCUGUCUGUCUGUCAUUUUUCUUCGGGGUCAUUUUAAGAUUGUGCACACGUAUCUGACGUAUUUACAGUUCAUACUUAUUUAAGACUAUAUUAUUGUUUUGCAUUUAUUGCAAUGUGAACGUAUAAACAGGUAAACCUGUGUUUUGUUUAUACUUCAUAUAUGCAAAAUAAUAUUGAAGUCAUUUCUGAUAAAUAAGUCAACAAGAAUAACUUCACAAACUGCUUACCGGUAUGUGAUUUUAACCAAAAAAACAUGGACAACGAUACGAAAUCAUUGACAUCGAUCUGCGCAAUAACAAACUCUAAAUCCACCGACACUAUUAUCAGCCAAUGAAGAAACAGAAGUCUGUUUGUGGACUUAUUAGCCUUAUUUUUUUUCAGGUUUCUGGAAAAACAAAUUUGACUGGUGAAUCAAAUACCAUGGUAUCACUUGCAAAUUAUUAACCAUAAACCUAAUUUAUUUUGAGGGAUGGACAUGUAUUUAACUUUGACCAUUACAAUUCUAGUCCCCAGACAGGACAUACACACCCUGAAUCCAUUUAUCUUUUAGAAUGAACUACAUAUAAAUCUUGUAAAGAUCAGGUCUUUAAUGAUAUCACUCUGUGUCCAGAUCAGAGGACAGCUCCAUAGGUCAGCAAAUCACAUGACCGCCAAAUCAAAAUGAACACUGCGCGCGUUCUUGAACCAAUCAGACGUCAUCUUACUGAAACAAUUCUGCUUCAUUUCUUCACGCCUUGAUUUCUUGAUCUCCGCCAAAAAAAAGCAUCACAGAACACAAAUAUACCCUCUAGUACAAAAGACAGGUUGUAGAAAAUGUCUGCAACAAUGUAAUAGCUAAACAAUUCCAUUUUUCUCAUUCGGAUUACAUCAAUUAUAUUCUUUUUCGAGAUACAGAAAAUAGAUAUAUGCUAUUCUGAAUGCUUCGCUCACUCAUACCGAGAUGCUAGAUGCCUCAACACUUACUUUAUACUUCUUGGUUGAAUAGAAAGACCACCUGAUACGACCUUCUGUGGAGGUGUCCUCAGAUCUUCAGUCAUGGAGACAUCGUAUCCGCAUAAGAAAUCUGAUUUUAAUGUCAUUGGCCAUGAUGAAACUGUCCCGUGUUAGUUUUCCUGUAUGUGAUCUGAUAUGUUUGAAGUUGACACAACAGAACUUCAGGUACAAAGCAAGACUUCUCAUUUCAUGAUCUGUCAAUCGCCAUUGAAAUGUACAAGUCCAACAUAAUAUUUUCUUGUACUUAACAUGCAAGCCAUGAAAGUCUGCAGAACAAUAAAUUUGUUUUGUGAAAUUGUA